AUGUCGGCCCUCAAGAAAUUAUUUCACCCGGACAGGCCGUUGUUCCAGUCUGAGAAAGCCGACGGAGAACACCACGCGACAUCUCACCUUCCACACACUUCGAUUUCAGAAGCCCCGAUUCCUCCAGAUGUACGGCCACCCCAACUACGACAUAGGAGCAUUCAGCCAUAUCUUGGGUUUGAAAAGCAAUUCGAAGAUCUACACGAACAGCUUCGAUCACGUCCAUCCACAAAGCGCUCCAAAUACAUAGAUAUUAUGUCGUCCCCUUCGCGAACGAAGCGCCAUGUCGAUGUCUUGGAGGCCAUCUUCUUUAGGCAGAAGCAGCACUAUUCCCCAAUCAUUCUGUCCCCUACCGAUUCCUAUAACGAGGAAGUUGCUGAACGGAAUAUCACAAAUAGCCAACAAGCAUCCGCAGGCACGGCUACUCGUUACUCACAGGUUAUAUCCGCAAUAUACCAAGAAGAUGUUGCAGACCGGAAUAUGGUGUCUUCUAGCCCUCCAAUUCUAGUGUCACCGCCGCCGGGGGAAGGUCCGACUCGUGGGUAUAGCCAGAAAUAUAACAAGCCUAGAAGGGUGAAAGAGAGUCAAGGGAUACCUUGUUCAAAGUCAUUCGAAGAGAAUGCUGCCCUCAGAGCUAUUUCUUCGGAUCAAGACCUACGCAGGCUUCCAUCUUGUUUAAGCAAUGGCAAGUCGUCGAGUGGGAGGAAACCCAGGGCAGACUCUGGAGUAAAUGGUUCCCUGCGCUCAAGGAAGUCCGCACCAGCCUUUUCUGUCCAAUUUGCUGGAGAGGAUGAGCAGAUUCCAUCUCCUCGAGUCAACGACGGCCUAGGACGAACCAAAAACAGUGCCGACACGCCUCAUGUUCCGUCCGAGUGCAGAGGCAGCCGGAAACCCCAAUCAAAACCUACACCAUCAUUCAAGGACACACCCACAGCCACCAAAAAAGUCGUACCGGAAUCUCAACAAGCUGCAAAGUCCCCCCCAAGUAACCCAUCAGGCAACCUGUUGUCUCCAAACGCUGCUAGGAGGGGCUCAAAGAGGAACGUUCGUGACCUCUCUAUCAACACGCAACUCGCUGCUCCUGGGAGAAAAUUUGCAAAAAUAUCAAGGCAACCAUCCAUCGUAGCUGUUGCUGCACCUCCGUGCAAAGAUCUGAACGCCAGUCUUGACGAGAUUGUAAACAGCCCAAUAUCGCUUACAAGUCCUGUAAACCCAUCCCCGAGGAUCACAGGAUUUAGCGCCGUGGAAAUGAUGAACCUAUUCAAGCAAGCAUACACAUCAUCCCAAGCAACGAGUUCUCACCCUACCUUUGAGUCUCUCCAGGAUGCUAUUAUUCGUGAAAUUAACAGCCACGAUGCAUUCAGCCAUAUCAGCCCGCAGAGCGCGAGCCCCAUUUCUCCCGUGCCUUCGCUUACUCCUGGUCUUAGCUCGGACGGCAGGAAUUCUCAGAAAUCUAGCGGUCGCCCUAUGACUGCUGUAUCAAGGAGUAAGAGCUUAUCUUCGAGGGAUGGAAGUAUAGCCUCCAAACGGAACUCCGUCCGCGAACUCGGUGGAAGACCAGACUCACAGGGGCGAGAGUUGUCAUUCCCUGCUAUUAAGGGACUAGAAUCGAAGCCUGAGGAUACGGUGGCUCGCAGAAGGAGACACACCUAUUCUCAAUCGGCGGCGCGUGUGCGGAUUUCCGAUGCCAAUGAUAUUCCACCGCUACCGGCUCGAUCUACAACAGGAAAGCGACCAAAGACUUCCGCAGCUGCUGGCCAGCUGCCCAAUGUAUACUUCGCUAAUGGCUUGAACAAGCAGUCAAGUCCCAAUACGCGCCAGCAGGCGCCGCAGGGCUUCCUUUCAAAAGCUGUGUCGAUAUUUAUGGACGCGCCUGAUACAUUGAGACAGUCCCACUCCGAGCAGUCCCUUAGAACUCUCGUAAACCACGAGGAUAUUUCUAGGACCUCACCGGAAAUAUCUCUUUUCGACUAUUACGAUGAGAAAUUAGACCCCAACCCCAAGGGAAAACCCGUUUCUUCGACAAAGUCCUCUAAACUACAUCUAUUCAUACCCUCCCGCAAACCCGCACGCCCAAAACAUAUCCCCAUUGUUAUUUCUGACACUACCACCAACAACAUUAUCAUCAACUCUUGCGCGGGGAACCAGAAGAACUCCAAUAACUCUCCACUGUCGUCGAGAAAGAGACGGAUGCCGUUCCGAAUUAUAAGCAACUAA